AUGCUGAAAUCGCCAGACGUGUUCCUUCUCUUCUGUCUUGUUGGGGUGACAAAUGCCAUGUACAAGCAGUGGAUUCCUGACACCAACUAUGAGAAUAAGACCAACUGGGACAAAGGAGUCGUUCCGUGUGGUAACGACAGGGUUUGGUUUUCAGCCCAAGUGUCAGUGUUUGUGGAGAAAACCCACUCGGUGCAGGAGUUGAAGUUGCCAAUUGAUGGGGAGUUCAUCCUGAAUUCAGGAGCUGGAUUUUAUGUCGGCGGUGAGCAAGAAGUGGGCUGCGGAGGAGGUAUCACCAAUCAGUUCAAAGAUUCAGAAUCUCGGUGGUUCAACCCAGCACUGUGGCAGGCGGGUGUGACUCAGGAUGACCUGCAGAAGGGACAGUUUGUAUUCUCAGUCCAUGAGGAGAGUGUCCCCUGCCAGUAUGACGAUGUGGUGUUCAAAGCCAACUCCUCUUUCAGAGUGGACACCACAUCCAGUAGCCCUAGCAUUCCUGUGCAGACUGUGUCUAUACUGGGGAAGACAUUUAGCAGUGGAUCUGAGUUCUCCCAGUACCUCAGCUCACCCUCAGGCCGACUGCAGUUUCAUGGAUCACCACCUGUCAGUGUUGGUAACUCAGGCUGUGGAGAUCCGUCUGGCUGUGACUGUGGGAAUUCUGCGAACCAUGACCAGAUCUGUGACAGUGUAACGUGUCCCUCUCUGACUUGUGAGAAGCCUCUCCGCCCUGUAGGACACUGUUGUGAUGUGUGUGGUGCCAUUGUCACCAUCCAUUAUGCCAAUGGCUUCAACCUACAAGUGUACAGAGAACGACUCCAGCUGUUUCUUCUCCAGCCACCAUACAAAUCUGUUCAGCUGGGCAUGUCCAAAGUCUUCAAGUCACAGCGGAUAAUGGGUGUAGUCCCUUUUGGUGCCUCAGCUGAGAUCCAGGUAGUGGUUCUGGAUGGGGAGAGAGGCCCACAGUCAGGCUUGGUUGCAGAGGCUCUGGCCCAUGACAUACUGAAGGAUAUCCACUCUCAAGGCUCUGACUAUGGAAUUGCUGGGGCUGAAUUCCAGGCCUCCUCUGGGAGCAGCAGCGAUGAAGUGCCAGAGAAUAUCACUGGGAUGGUGGUUGGAGGUGUAUUUGGAGUGCUACUUCUAGUGGCUCUCAUUGGCAUUGCGGUUGUUCUUGUCCAAAAACGUGUUGUCCAAAUGCCCCAAAUCUCCCUGCCAUCAAUGCCUUCGAUGCCAUUUGUGAUCAGCUUUAAGAAGAACGCUGAUGUCGGAGACCUUGGUGGGCCUCUUGAUCAUGGCUUUGAUAAUCCUAUGUUUGACCACCAAACAAAGCUGCCUGCUGCACUUGGCCUGUAUGGGACUGAAAUUAAUGAUACAAUCUACAUGACUCAGUCAGGAGUGCACUUUGUAAAUCCAGUUUAUGAUGAGAAUGAAACUGAUUUUAAUGCCUGA